AUGGGGCAUCGGUAUCCUUUCGUCCUCUGGACCAGGCUGCUGCCCGACCGGCUCCGGAAGCCGCCCUUCCGCUUCCUCUUCGACGCCGUGGCCGAGGUGGCCAGGCAGACGGGCAUCGACGCAGCGGAGCUCUUCGGGGGCCCGCCCGGCGAGAAGGCGGCGGCGCCGGGCGCGUUCGAGGAGAAGGUCGCCUUCGUCGAGGGCUGGAUCGCCCUCGCCGCCGGGGCGCUCGGCGAGCUGGCUGCUCACCUGGCGCGCGUCAGCCCGCAGGACAUCGUCUGCGGCGUCCGCCCCGAGUGGGCGAACUACCUGCUGCAGUGCACGGCCUCCGCGGCGUGGCCCGGCAGUCUCGGCGCGCCGCCUUCGCCCUCGCAGCUCGACCCCUCGCUCGCGCCGCGAAGCCGCUGA